AUGUCUUCUAAUUCGGAUACUGGGGAUUUACAAGAAUCUCUAAAGCACGGACUUACACCUAUUGGUGCAGGGCUUCCGGACGAACACGGACCCCCUGCACCCGCGCGCGGCCGCCUUGUCAUGCUGCCUAAAGUGGAGACGGAAGCCCUGGGACUGGCUCGGUCGCAUGGGGACCAGGGGCAGAUGCCGGAAAACAUGCAAGUGUCUCAGUUUAAAAUGGUGAAUUACUCCUAUGAUGAAGAUCUUGAAGAGCUCUGUCCCGUGUGUGGAGAUAAAGUGUCUGGGUACCAUUAUGGGCUCCUCACCUGUGAAAGCUGCAAGGGCUUUUUUAAGCGAACAGUCCAGAAUAAUAAAAGGUACACGUGUAUAGAAAACCAGAACUGCCAAAUUGACAAAACGCAGAGAAAGCGUUGUCCUUACUGUCGAUUUCAAAAAUGUCUAAGUGUUGGAAUGAAGCUAGAAGCGGUAAGGGCAGACCGAAUGCGCGGAGGAAGGAAUAAGUUCGGGCCUAUGUACAAGAGGGACAGGGCCCUGAAGCAGCAGAAAAAAGCCCUCAUCCGAGCCAACGGACUGAAGCUGGAAGCCAUGUCUCAGGUGAUCCAAGCCAUGCCCCCCGAGCUGAGCAUCUCCUCUGCGAUUCAGAACAUCCAUUCUGCCUCCAAAGGCCUACCUCUGAACCACGCUGCCUUGCCUCCUGCAGACUAUGACCGCAGCCCCUUCGUGACCUCCCCCAUCAGCAUGACCAUGCCCCCUCACGGCAGCCUGCCCGGGUACCAGACCUACGGCCACUUCCCGAGCCGCGCCAUCAAGUCUGAGUACCCCGACCCCUACACCAGCUCCCCCGAGUCCGUCAUGGGCUACUCCUACGUGGAUAGUUACCAGACCAGCUCCCCGGCCAGCAUCCCCCACCUCAUCCUGGAACUGCUCAAGUGUGAACCCGACGAGCCCCAGGUGCAGGCCAAGAUCAUGGCCUACCUGCAGCAGGAGCAGGCCAGCCGCAGCAAGCACGAGCGGCUCAGCACGUUCGGGCUCAUGUGCAAGAUGGCAGACCAGACGCUCUUCUCCAUCGUGGAGUGGGCCCGCAGCAGUGUCUUCUUCAGGGAGCUCAAGGUGGAUGACCAAAUGAAGCUGCUUCAGAACUGCUGGAGUGAGCUCUUAAUUCUCGACCACAUUUACCGACAAGUGGUUCACGGAAAGGAGGGCUGCAUCUUCCUGGUUACUGGGCAACAAGUGGACUAUUCUGUCGUAGCCUCGCAGGCGGGGGCCACACUCAACAACCUCAUGAGCCACGCACAGGACCUGGUGGCGAAGCUUCGUUCUCUGCAGUUCGAUCAGCGAGAGUUCGUGUGUCUCAAGUUCUUGGUGCUCUUCAGUUUAGAUGUCAAGAACCUGGAGAACUUCCAGCUGGUCGAAGGCGUCCAGGAACAAGUCAACGCUGCCUUGCUGGACUAUACGGUGUGCAACUACCCGCAGCAGACAGAGAAGUUCGGGCAGCUGCUGCUCCGACUUCCGGAGAUCCGGGCCAUCAGCAUGCAGGCCGAGGAGUACCUCUACUACAAGCACCUGAACGGGGACGUGCCCUACAACAACCUGCUGAUCGAGAUGCUGCAUGCAAAACGAGCCUAG